AUGCGGGCGUCUCGCCCAUUGGCGCGCCGGGCGAUCAUCGAACCAGGGCGCAUGAAUGCAUGUACUCCUUCGACCAUGGAUACGCGUAUCCGCGGCAAGAUUGCGGCGAGAGUGCCGAAGAUGCGCUUCGACGUUGGAGCUGCUUCUGUUCACGGUGAGGUCAUGGCUAAAACUCGUCCGGGUUCUCCGGAGCGGCCCUUGGCCUUGGCCGCAGGUGCGAUUGGCCAGAUGCGUGACAGGAACGGAAUUAACUCUGCCGUUUGCUUUGUUUAUAAAGGCUGCGACUAA